AUGACACGUGGUAACCAGCGUGAUUCCGAUCGGGCCAAGGCCCAGAAGAAGCUCCAGGGCACGAAAUCAAAGAACAAUAUGUCUGGCACUGAGUUCCAGAAGCAGAAGGAGGAUGCUGCUACUAUCAUGCGAGAGAAGCAGCGCAAAGCGGAUGAGAAAAAGGCUACAGAGGCUGCAGGCGGGAAAAAGAAAUGA